AUGGAUAAACUUUUUUCCGACUCACCGACACCUAAAUCUCAAAAAUCUCAAACAAGUUUAAACAAAAGAGCUCGCAUAUGCAAACCGCCUCCGGCACCUAUUCCGCUGAAAAUUCCAAUCAUCGAAGAGAUGCAUAUUCUACCGAAAAUUCCAUUCAUCGAAGAGAUGUCGGUUUUUAUGCAAAAAUACAUCGAGCAAAUUAUCAAUGGUGCGGGAAACGGUAAUUGCGGUUACCAUGCCGUCUCGGGGUUGCUUGGUAAUGGAGAGGAUAGUCAUACUCUUGUCCGUCAUCAACUUAAUCAAGUGUUGAAGACGCAUAAAGAUUCGUACACACUAUUAUAUGGAGAGGAAGCUAAAUUUAAAGCGGUUAACGAAGCUCUUGUUCCAUGGUUGGGCGCUUAUGCACCAGUGUCAAAAUGGAUGAGAUUCCCGGAAAUGUGA